ACUUCAACCACCAACCUACCCCGUCACCGAUCGCUGAAUCUGCGAUUUUCUCAACAAUUUUCUGACGAGGGUAGCGGUAUCGGUGGCUCGAGAUGAGAAUUUUUCAGUGCCAUUUUUGCAGCGGACCCAUAUAUCCGGGCCACGGGAUAAUGUUUGUCCGCAACGAUGCAAAAGAAUUCCGCUUUUGCAGAAGUAAAUGUCAUAAGAACUUUAAGAUGAAACGUAACCCCCGUAAACUCAAAUGGACAAAAGCCUUCCGUAAAGCUGCCGGAAAAGAAAUGGUUGUCGACACAACCUUAACUUUCGCCGCCCGCCGCCAUGUCCCGACACGCUACUCCCGUGACCUCGUGGCCAAGACCCUCAACGCCAUGCAACGUGUCGAGGAAAUAAAGGCCCGGCGCGAGAGGGCCUUCUACAAGAACCGCAUGGCGGGCAACAAACAGCGAGAGCGCGAAGCGAACAGGAAGCUUGUAGAGGAGAACCAGCACUUACUGCCGAAGGAGAUGAGGACUGCUACUGAGGCCGCUGCAGAAGCUGAGACGGAGGAGAGCAUGGUUCUCGAUGACUCAGAGGCUGAAGCCGAGGAGAAGGAGAUGGUCAAGAUUAAGAUCCCUGUCAAGGUUGCGAAGAGAAAACAAACUGUCUCUAGGGGUGAUGGGAUGGAUGUGGAUUGAGAGGCAGACUUCUCUAGGGAUGGGUUUUCUUUUGGAAUAAAUAUUUCCCGUAUCUUUCUUUGGUAUAAACAAUUGGGAGUAGGAGUAGCGGCGAUGGUGAUGGUGAUGAUGGUGGAGAGCAAAUCGCACUGUAAGUUAGUGAGGCAAGCGGUGGCGCCGGUGCCUUUAGUCUACCUGCCUAUCUUCAAUUGCUGUAUAAUCCAGGGAAUCUAUUGCUCUAUUA